AUGGCAACCACAAAGCACGACAAACGACUCUCUGUCCUAGAUGGUGGCUGGGGUGCGCAGAUGGGUCCUGAUCUCAUGUUUCGGCAAUUCGAAGAAGGAUACGACGAAGGACCAGACAACAUUGCUCUGAUCUGCACACACCAGUCCUGGGGACAUCUGAGGAACAUUGUGGGAGAAAAACCAGUCGCAGGCUGCUUGACCUGGACAUAUCGCCAAUUGAUGAGAGCCGCUCGAGAUCUUGCGCUUGUGUGGGAAGGGUACGGAAUCAAGAGAGGAGACACUUUGGUUGCCUUUCUUCCAAGCUGCGCGGAAUGGGCGCUUGGCUUCUGGGUCGCGGCCAUCCUUGACCUUACUUUUGUGCCUCUGGAUCCUGCUACUCUGGUCGUGAGCAGCCCCGGAGAGCAAGAGUACCCUCUCGAGCUAUUGAAGACCAGUAUCGUCCUAGUGUCCAACCUCAGAGAUGCCUACAACUUCGACGAACUCUAUCCUGACUUGACGAAAGCGGUCAGAGUCAAGGUCGUUUGUCAUGAGCGAGUUGAUUCCUUCUUCCGUGGCUGGAUCAAUCUCGAACCCCCAGAGACAUACAGGUUUCGAGUAUCAGGAGCAGGAGACAAACCCUACCGACCAAUUCCGAAAGAACGUGUUGUCGCCGAUGAUCGCGUCGCGGUGGUCCUUUUCACUCAAGAGAGCCCCAAACACCCUCCAAAGGGCUGUCCUCUGACCGUUCAAAACAUUCGAACUGCGCUGGUGAACCAGUAUAUUCUUCCACAGCAGAGAUAUCUGGUCACUUGCCAAUCCUCGAGCAGUGCAGCUCUUGAAGCGGUGCUUGUGGCGUGGAAGAGGGGCGCAGCUAUCGUGUUUCCAGGAGCCUUAUUUUCUGCACAAACGACUCUUUCUGCAACCGAGAUUUACCGCUGCACGCGUCUUGUCUGUACACCACCGCAACUAGAGGAGCUGAUCAAGCACCCUUCCCGACCACAAAGGGAUCUCAGCACUCUCGAAAGCCUAUCAGUACAUGGAGGGUUGGUGAGCGCGAAAUUGCUAGCCCAAGGACAACACGCACUACAAACCCAAUGGGUAUCAUCAUCCUUGACUGUGACCGAAGGGUUCGGAGCACUUGGUUGGCGUAGCGUGUCUCCAGAGGAUCGAACUCUGGACAGUGUCGGUACAGUUAUGCUAGGAUCUCUUGUCAAGGUCUGUUCUGUCGACAGCAGGAAUAUUCGCGUGUUGGGUCGAGGACAAGAAGGCCGGCUUCAUGUUGGUGGCGAUGCAAUGAUCCAAGGUUAUCUUGGUGGUGAGUCCAAAGAGCACUUUUACCGGGAUUCGGAUGGCAACAGGUGGUUCGUGACAAACUACCUGGCAACUAUGGACAACAAUGGAUUGGUGCGAUUGACGACUGAGCUGAAGGUACGUCUCGCGAUUUCCUUGAAUCUGGCGACUUUGCUUCAUGAUCGUCUUCGUUUGUACACAUUACUAAUGCUCGUGCAGAACUCCUGA